CAAAGAAGCUGUAGAUCAGAUCAUUUCACUUAAUCCCAAUAUCAAUAUCGUGAAUUUCGUGGAUACUAUAAUGCCUCCUGACCUCAUUGAAGUGGUUAUAAAUCAUUUUACACAGAAUAACAUUGCUAGUAGACAGAUUUUAGCUCAGAACCUUCUAUCUCAGAUGC